UCUUUUGGGUUUUUGUGUUUUCUGUUGUUUUUGGUUCCCCAUUUGUAUAUUUAAGACCUUUUCUACAUCUAUUCCUUUGAGUUCUCCAUGCAUGGCUGUUGCUUUAAGCGCAUAUGUUUUGAGUUUGAGUAGUGGGUUGUGGUUGGCUUUUAGCAUUGUGCUGUUUUGUGAUUGUGGGUCUUUCUUGAAAAGAAAAGGCGCGUUUAUGUUUUGGCUUUUUGAAGGAUUGUGCAGAUUGCAAGGCGUGCAGGUUCUUCUUUAGAAACUGUUCGGAAGGAUUCGGUGUUGAUUUUCUUACUUAGGUUUUGACAAAAAAAUGUUUGAUGCCGUUGGGCUCGUUCUAAAGAUGUCUAGGAAGGAGUGACAUAUGGGUUCUGUAAAGUUUGGCAUGCCUUAUGUUCGGGAUUAUUGCUGAAAGGGGUUGAUUUCGUUUGUUGAAUGAGAUUUGUAGAUUUCUUACCGUUUUCCUUUUUUAAAAAAAAAAACCUAUCUUUUGAUUCUUACAUCAGAUUGGAGUUUAGAUGAUUUAGAAUCUUCAAAUGAUUUAAGUGUUAGGUUUUUUCUCAGAUUUUCCGGAAAUUCUUGUUUGGGGUUUAGAUGAUUUUGAAUCUUCAAAUAAUUUGUAUAUUAGGUUCUUCGUUAGAUUUUCUGGAAAUUCUUGUGUCUGAUUCUUUCGGUGUGAUUGGGGAGAUUUUACAUCAUCUGUAUUUUUUUUUUCACAUGGAAUUCUUUGGAGUUCGGUUGUUUCUAUAGGUUUUUAUAUGUCUUGUGCCCUGAAAUGAAAUUACAAAGGUGGGUUUAUUCUGCUCGAUUAAUAUUCAAGGUUUAUGCAGCACAGACGUGCAUACCACGGACAAUGAGAUGGUGGGAUAAAGGAAACACACCCAACAUGAAAGAAGUUCACUCGGCCCAGGAAAUUAUUGACUCCCUUGUAAACGCUGGAGAUAAGCUUGUUGUUUUAAGUUUCUUCUCCCCUGGAUGUGGGGCCUGCAGAUCUCUGCACCCUAAGCUUUGCCAGCUUGCAGAGAUGAAUUGCGAUGUGGAAUUUGUGAAGGUGAACCAUGAAGAAAACAAAUCUCUGUGUUAUAGUUUGAACAUACACGUUCUGCCCUUUUUUCAAUUCUAUAGAGGCGCUCAGGGGCGUCUUUGUAGCUUCAGUUGUACCAAUUCAACAAUAAAGAAGUUUAAGGAUGCUCUUGCAAAACACAACACCCCAAGGUGCAGCCUUGGACCUCCAAUGGGACUUGGGGAACGUGAUCUCUUGGCAUUGUCAGAAAAUAAAUCUUUGUCUUUCAACAUGCCAGAACAUGUUGGAACUGGGGGGGGAAAAGGAGAAAAGACUUCUGUUGGGUCUGAUAGGAAGUCAGAGGAUUUGGCACCUGUAGGUGCUGGUAGGAAUUUGGAGGACUUGGUGCCUCUUGAAUCCAACCAAAAGUCCGAUGAUCUUGCUCUUAUAGGUGCACGUUGAUGAGUUGUUUCUUCCCAGGGAGAUGCACACAUAUUUUUGUGUAUCUUCAGUGGCAUUUUGAUUGUAUUUUGUAUUCAUGUACAGUCGCUUUUGUGUAUCUACCCAUUGUACAGAACCUUAAGCAGGAGUUUCACUUUUAUUGAAACCCUAGUAGAUAGUUUCAGGUGGUCUGAACUUUAGCUUAUAUAUCGAAAAGCCAUGACCAAGUUCUUCUAUUGGUUUUUUCUAAGAAAACACACGAUAUAUGUAUUUUUGGUGAGUUAUUUAAGAUCACCGCUUAUGGUUUUGGUUUUCUACAGUGGUCCAAAUUGUGAGUCUCUCAACAAAGGUUAAUAAAGGUUGAUUUUUGUAGCAAGUUUGAAGGCAUUUGACAAUCAAGUCCUUAGGUAAAAGUAGGAGAAGCUAUUUGGAGCAAGAAUCUGGAGUUUGUCGUUCUGGCUCAAUGCAUAUGUAGCUAAUGCUCUGGUAUGAGCUUUUGGGAUACUUUUAUAGUAUCUAAUUCUGUACAGUUUUAUACUGAUGCAAUUCCGAAUUUCCAAGUUUGCACUAUAUUACAAUAAGAAAUGGGGUUUAUUAAUUA